AUGAACGCUCCCAAUCGAUACGAGCUUUACACCUUGGGUGAAGGUGAAUCGAAAUUAACAAUUGAUGAAGACACAAAGAUUCCCAAUGCUUGCACUGUAACAAUCAACAAGGAAGAUCAUACUCUCGGAAACAUGCUUCGCGCUCAGCUUCUGCAGAUGGAAUACGUGAUUUUUGCUGGUUACAAAGUACCACAUCCCUUGGAACCUCGCUUCAUCAUCAAAGUACAAACCGAUGGCACUCAUACGCCUAUUCAAGCAAUCCAAGAAGCCGUCAAGUCGUUAAUUCUCUCACUUGAUAAAAUGCGGAAUUCUUUGCAAAACGAGUUCAGGGUUGCUAAGGCCGUCGGAGUAGGUCAGAUGACAGCUGAUGAUGGGCUCGGCGGAUUGAAUGGUCCCAUUGGAGCUGCUGGAUAUGGUGGAGGAUAUAACUCAAGCAUGCCCUAUGGUACAGGAGGAAAUCAAACCGCUUACGGAUUUUGA